AUGUCACAACAUCAAACUACAUCUGAUUCAAAAACUACUAAGUCUACUCACAAGGUUAGCACUCCUUCCAUGGACAUUCACGAUGAUGAGAUUUUGGAUGUGGUUCCUCUAUCAGUUAUUCCCUGCGAAGCCCUUGAUUUAAACCAUCCCCUGGAUGCCUCAGCUUCUGCAUGCCCCAAUCAAGGUAACAUCUCUAGUAUCCCUUCUGGCUCAACUCAUGCCACUAGUUCUAAGGAAGAUAUACACCACACUGAUCAUGUCAUAAGGAACCUAGUCACUAGAAUCCUUAAUGAAGGACAUUUUAUGAAGGGAGUCUAUACUCCCCUGUCUAAAAUGUACCCCUCUCCUGAGGUUGCACAACAUAGUGAGAAGAAUAACGAUUCCUCCAGUUCUGAGAAGGACAUGGCUGCUGAAGAGGAUGAUAGGUCUAAUGAGAAAGAUGAUAGCUUACUUCAUCACUUAAAGCCAAGUGUGGCUAAGCGUAUGAAGACCCGAAAAGGAAGAUAUGUGGCUGAAAUGAUGUCAGCUAAAACAGCUAAGAAGACUACUGGUGUUGGUCCUUCCAAAUCUUGGAGCAAGGUUGAAGUGAAGAAGAGGAAGGUUAGAGAAGUCUCUGAGUGUGAAGAAGAUGUUGAGGAAGAUAUCCCUGACAUCUCUCCUGUGAAGAAGACCACUGUGAGGAAGUCCCCUGUGAAAGUUGUUGUUGUGCAUUUGGAUAAUAUCUCUUUCCAUCUUGAAGAUGGAGCUACCAAUUGGAAAUUUGUGAUUCAAAGAAGGGUGGCUAUGGAAAGGGAGUUAGGAAAGGAUGUUGUUGAAGUCAAGGAGGUCAUGGACCUAAUAAAGACUACUGGGUUGAUGAAGAUUGUGUCUGGGUUCUCUCAGUGCUAUGAGGGUUUGGUUAAGGAAUUCAUUGUCAACAUUCCUGAGGAUAUUGCUGAUAAGAACAACAAGGAAUUUUGCAAAGUAUUUGUGAGAGGUAAGUGUAUCACAUUCUCUCCCACUGUCAUUAGCAAUUUUAUGGGAAGAAGAGUUAAGGGUGCAGGUGAAUUGGAAGCUACAGACAAUGAGGUCUGUAGAGAAAUUACAGCAAGGCAAGUGAAAGGGUAA